CAUAGGUUUUUAAUUGCCCCAACUUGAAGGAGGUAUCUUUGGAUUUUUCUGGGCAAGAAAAUGAUAGCACUGAUCUAACGACUAUUGUGAAUGGUUUGGGAAUAAGCUGCCCAAAGCUACAGAACAUCCACAUUGCCUCAAUGCGGCUUUCACAUGCUGUUGUGCUUGCUCUUACUGCUUCAAAUUUGAGGGGAUUGCGAUUGCUUUCUCUUGUGCUUGGAUCUGAGAUUACUGAUGCAUCAGUUGCAGCUAUUGCUUCAAGCUACUCAAAGCUGGAAUUGCUUGAUCUGAGUGGGUCAAGUAUCAGUGGCAGUGGCCUUGGAAUGAUUUGCAAUGUCUUUCCAGAAACAUUAUCGAAACUACUUCUUGCUCUUUGCCCCAACAUUAUUUCAAGUGGCAUUCAAUUUGCUGCUGCUCAACUGCCUUGUCUGGAACUCAUGGACUGUGGAAUGACCAUAUGUGAUCCAAAUUCAGAGAUUUCUAAUGAAGAGGACAAUGAUAGUGACUUGCAGAGAACUCCCAACAGCAAGUUGCAUCUUAUAUACCAGAAGCUAAUCAUCAAACACAGCCAGUUGAAGAAGCUAAGCUUAUGGGGUUAUUCUGCCUUGGAUGCGUUAUAUUUAAAUUGCCCACAACUCAUUGAUUUGGAUCUCAACUCUUGUAAAUAUUUACAUCCAGAGAGGUUGUUACUCAAGUGCCCCAAUUUAAGAAGUGUGCAUGCAUCAGGCUGCCAAGACAUGUUGGUCUAGACCAUUCACAAGCAGGCCUGCUAUGACUUUUUGGCUGUAGAGAAUCAUUUUCCCAUCAAACGGCUACCUGAUAGAUCCAAAAGAGUCAAUGUACCAUAUUUAUUCAGCCCUCAGCCAUGUGAUGAGAAGGAACGGUCGAGGUCUAGGAAACGCCGCUGUUCUGUGAUUUCGAUAUCAUAAAUUACAUGCCUCAACAAUGUUGUUACUCCAGAAUUGGAGCAUGUACCUGUUUGUUCCAUUCCAGAGGCGUGUGUAUUGCCUUCACAGUUCAAACUUCAAAUUAUCUGUUAAUUCCUUAAUUUUGUUUCUAUCAACAAAUAAAAAACAGAUAUUACAAACAACGAAGUUUCAGA